UGUCACCCAAAACAGCGCGUAGUUUUGCAGCCAAACUCACAAUAAUAAGAAACGGUCAGUCAGCACAAGUGACCGAUUGUGAGAAACAACCACACAAACACAACGGCUGGCUGGCUACCCACCACCAACGCCACCACCAAUCUGUCACUAUGUACAUAUAUUUGUGUUUACAUCUCUGUGUGUGUUAGUUCGUGCGACUGCCUUGACUAUAUGUUUGUAGCAAGAAAUCCUUUCGUCGCGCUAAUUCAAUAUUCGCUCACGAGACUCGCGGUAGUUUGUCGCCGAACGCGAAGUUUAUAGGUUCGCUGUCACAGUCAAAACAAAACACGGUCACAUCCUUUCUGUCCUCGAACAAGUGAACACAGUGAUUGUCGCGUAAAUUAAAAGGCUCUGUAAAACAACGAAAACGCCAUUGAAUUGCGAAUUUCAUCGUGUUGAAACCGAAAAAAAAAACAAAACAACAGCAACAGCAAGCAUUUGCAAUUGACAGUCAAGCUCAUUCGAUUGUUCCGUUCAUAUAGAUGCUUCGACGCCUUUGACAAAUCUUUACCAAUUUUCUCAAUAAAAUAUCCUGGACAUUGCAAUAAUUUCAAACAAAAAAAAAAUUGUGUCAUCCAAAUUAAACAGUUCGUACCACCUUCAAUGAAAACAUUGAUCGCUAAUUAGAUGCACUUGUUUCAAUAAUUAAAAAAAAAAUUGAGUGAUAUAGUAAAAAAACAUUAAUAUUUAUCUUCCUGCAUCUCAUUGAAUAUUGGGAGACAUCAACCUUUUUCCUAGAAAUUGUUAAAAUAAAGAUUUCAAACUGUUUGACAAAGGAAUUAAGUUGGACCUUUCCAGCUUUCCACAGAUGAACGUACGGAUAAGCACCAAGGGCAAACGCCCUCUGCGGAGCUUGACCCCAAGCGACAAAGUGCACGCGAUUCAACGCAUACACGAUGGCGAAUCCAAGGCGUCGGUUGCACGAGAUAUCGGGGUCCCGGAAUCAACUCUUCGAGGUUGGUGCAAAAACGAAGACAAACUACGUUUUAUGUCACGUCAAGCCGCCGCGGAGAAAUACGGAAACGAGUCCCUAACUGUGAAGCACGAUGGCACUACCAGCAUGUUGGGGGGACCGGCUGAAAAACGUCAGCGUUUGGACCCCUCAUUGGCUUUGAACUUUUCCAACAAAAUUAAAUAUGAUGACCUGAAUUCUUUUAAACGGGCACAAAUGAAUGGAUUGGAUUUCAGUAAUAACAAGGCUCUAACUGAUUUGGGAAAUUUUAGCGGCAUGUCUCAGGACUAUGCAUCUUUCAAUGGUUCUUCUAAAAAGCCUCUAUACAAUACCGAUAUAUCCCGUGUAACAGAUCCAACAAUCUCAGCUGUCAGUCCGCUGUCGAGCUUAACUCAUCUAUCUGGUCUUACUGGUUUAAAUCAGUCACCACUAGCGAUUAGUUUCAAUGAGCUUACCACAAAUUUGACCCUGCUAGCUCAAUUAAACCCAAAUUUAGCAGCGAUUUCUGGAAUAAAUAACAUUAACGGCAUGAACGCGAAUUUCAAGGCUAAACCAGCAUCUCAGCAGCCCAGUCCCCGGGAUCCGUCUGAGAAACAUUCUGGCAUAAGUGUGAAGAAUUGGGCAAAACAGAAUCAGUCAACUCCCACGUCAAACGAGUCCAAUACAUGCGGUCUCAACUUAUGCCAAAAUGAAGAAAAAAUCCAAAUGAAAAGCCAGAAUUCCAGCAUACCAACACCAGCACAGUUAGGAUCGGCAAUGCCAUUGCUUUCAUCUAUAUCGGAAGAUCCUCUCUUGUAUUGGCUCAAGUCACAACAAGCAAUUUUAGGGUUUAAUAACAUGUAUCCACAUAACCCUGUUCUUGGCGCACCCAGCUCUCCAAUACGGACAUCUACUCCACAACAGGGGAAUUUCAAUUCUGGCACACCACCCAUUAUUCCCAAUACGUUGACACCGUCUUCGACACCCUCUGGCAGCCUGGAUGAUAAAAAUGCGGCAUGGUUUAAUUGGUGCAAGGCGUUCGGUGUAAGUUUGAAUUCGCUUACACCAGCUGCAGUUGUUUCUGCCCUCCAAGGCAACACUAACUCCAACAAUAUUCACUCGCCCAAUAAUAUGGAAAAUUGUGAUCAACAGAUAACUACUAAGACUGGGUAUGAAAAUAUCUUGUACUCACAAUUAACCAAAGACUCCAUAUCCAAUUGCUCAGCUAAUAGUGAGACUGCAUUGGAGCAAGAACAUGUAGAAAGAUUGGAAAAUUCAGCAUUGUGCAACAAGCCAGAAGACCUUUCAGCAAAAACAUUUAAAACCAGUCCGCCGUCUACACCGGUUCCAACACCAGAGCCAUUGCCAUUGCAUGAACAUGAUCAAUUAUCGGACAAAAUCCGUUCAGAUGCUAGGCAGGACAUAGAUAAUGUCAAUAGCUCUGGUCCAAUGGCAUUGGGAGUAACCCAAAAUAAAGUAGUCGAUUGUAAAGACGUUAUAGACAACAUCCUUUAUAAGAUUAGCACUAAAUCCAAACCAGAAUCCCGUUUAAGUGAGGAGGGAGACCAAGCAAAUUCCAAUGAUGAUGAUGACGACGACGAUAGCAUCCAUAACAAUAAUAACAAUUCCAACAAAACUGACGAAGAGCAUUGGAAUAAGUGCAACGACUUUGAUUGUAGAGAUGAGACUGACACAAACAGCAAGGAAGCCAUCAAGUACGGCGAGAAGUUUUUACAGUGGUUAGAAAACUGCAGUAAUCCACGCGUAACUGCCGUUCAACUAAUGCAACUAAGGCUUCUCAUAUCUUCGAUUAAGGAUACCGACGACACAUCGUUGAAACAAAACAACGAAAUCAAUAAGGAUUCAAGUAUAGAAAUUGAUGGUUCAUCGGAGGAGGGGGUCUCCUUCAAGCCACGUCGUCGAAAAUAGAGCCAACCAAAAUUAGCUCCCGAUUAAGCGCCAGACUAUCACUGAUUUGGGUAGAAUAUUUAUCUGGUGCAUCACUUUAAAUCAGUGCUGAUAUCGGAAACCAAAUACUAUUCACAUCGACAAUUCAAUGCCAUUUUUUAACUGGCAAUUAUUUCAGUUAGUACUGCUGCCGCUUCUCAGAUCUUGAUAGUGAAGAAUAUUCCUAAAAUAGCUAUAAGCAUCGAUCCAUUCUAAUCUUCCGUUGAUCCUUAUUGUACAAUUUUCCUAGUAUCCAUAGAGUCAAAUACAUACGUAUGUCUGUACAUAGAUAGAUAUAACUUUUAUUAAUUUUAAAUGUUAAAACUACUUUAUUACGUAUGAAUAAAUGAAUGAAGAUAGAUUAUACAUAACGCAUACAGUGCAUGUUAUGUACAACGUGAAAUUGUAGUAAAAGUAAGAAUUGAUAUUUGUAUAAAAUACAUUUGAACACUUAUCCACAUUGAGUUUCUAUAGAAUUAAUUAAACAAAUUCAUAAAAUAAUAAUAAAAAUGAUAAUUUUACUGAUACAAAAUUUA